AUUAAAUCGCAACUGACGCAGCUCUACCGAGACAUCAUGGAGCAAAAAUGUGUACUGGAAAAACAGAUCUUACAAAACGCGCUGACAUUAGCCAGCAUCGCACCAGACAAAAUAGCAUACAGGGUCAUGAAAGAGCCCGGUUAUACGGCAGUAACCAGCGGUGAAGUUAUACACAUAGUCAAGUGUAUCCCAGUAGAAUGCAAAAUCCGCCAGACGGAAAACUGCUACAACGAAUUACCAGUAACGCAUCGUAAUACCUCACUAUUCCUGCUACCAAGAUCUAGAAUAUUAUCAAAAACCGGCACGAUAAGAGACUGCAACGACCUACUUCCAACAAUGUACAAAUUACACGGUGCGUGGUUCAGGCUCACGCCAAAACCGAUAGAGGUACUUGCGCCACCCAUCAUACAACCACUCACUCAUCCCACCUGGCAUUACGCCAGCCCGUCCUCCUUGGCGACCAGUGGAAUCUACAGUGACGAGGACCUAGAUAGGCUCAGAGCGCAUAUAAUGUUCCCUGUGGAGAAGCCGUCUAUGUUAAACACCAUCGCUCGGGGAGCACUAGGCGAGACGAUCCCAUCUGGGAGCGUAUCAAUGUACAACCUAUUGGACGAAGACUCACUAAAUCGAAUUGCAGAAUCUGCCGGAGAAAGAGUCUGGCACGGAUUCGUUACGUUUGGGUCUGCGAGCGCAGGAAUACUCGCCAUCUUCAUCAUUGCACGCAUAGUCAAACUCAUAAUAGACACUAUAAUUCACGGCUACGCGUUGCAUUCAAUCUAUGGUUGGAGCAUGCACCUCCUCGGCGCUAUAUGGAGCUCGGUAACUCACCUGCUGAUACAUUUGGGCGGAAGGAAGAAUCAAGCAUCAGCAACCACGCCUGAGGCUCGUCCAACACCUGAAGAUGCCCCGUCCCUGACCCUUUCAAUGUCCGAAGCUCGACUUCCGAAACCCCAAGGUGAGUGUGCAAAAAGUGAAAGACUAAAGCCAACCUAUACCUACGCCGAGUUACGAAAAUACGUGGAAAACGAUUGCCACGGAACGAAUGAGUCAGUGUAAAAAUGUCAGCAUACGCUAACAUUUUAAAAUAAGGGGGGGGGGGGUGUAACGUCCGCAACACUUAUUUUUGCGUCGUUUAUAAUUAUUCAGUGAUAAUUGUUAACCCAUAAUUAUUAACCAAUUCUACUAUCUCGUAUAAGCUCUUAUAAUAACCUCCUAUAUCAUUAUAAUCACUAACCAAAGUUAUUAUUAUUGUAAAAUUAGAACUUAACAUCAUAGUUAUCAUCAGAGAGUUACCAUGUGAACCUUACCAUCAUAGUUAUUAUCAGAGAGUUACCAUGUAAAACUUACCAUCGAUCGUAUUAAUUACCGUCACCACUCCCACACUUCGAGCGGGAGUUGCGCCACUGUCGGGCGACAUGGUGGGGUACCCCCACCCGCGCAAUAUCAAGCCAAGCGUCACUCCGCCGUUGCUAGGCGAAGUAGUAGUGUUCUAGUUCUCGCGUCGUCGCGAUCGGUCGACUCCUAGGAGUCUCUCCGCGUAUCCACUGAAUCUUUGCUAACUCCAAAUCAAUUGUUUAACAUUCCUAUAUCCGACUCGCGCAAAGAGUCUAGCUAAGUAACUACUCAUCGCAAAUAUUAUAAUAAAUAGUUGUUAAACAUUUUAUGGUGUUGUAUUAGUUUAAUCUCAACGAUUAUUAAUAAAUAUUGUUUACCUUAUACAUAAAAGCAGUGUCUCAUUGUGUUAAUUAACAAAUUCAUCCCCUAACUCGAUCCAUCGUUCCGCUGACCAAAUAAAUUCAACUGUUUAAAUAUAUUUAACAACAAAAAGCAUCAGUCACGAGUAUAUCGUCGACGUCGUUCCCAUCAACGCAUCACGCUAUCCGUUGGUCAACCAGAGCUGGUGGGCACUUCCUGGACACACCGCAGACCUUUUGUUUAAACAAUUAAUUCACCACUCGAGAGAUCGCCGCUCCCAUCCUUGUGCAAGGUAUCACAGGCAGAGAGCAGAGUCGCACCCGUGCUGCCACAUUUACCAUUGGUGCAGCUCAGCAAGCAGAAAGGUAAGUAUUGUUUAAACAAAUAAUAAUUGGUAAAUCUCCCGCAAAGUAAUACUGCAUAGCAACAGCGUCACCGAGCGCAUUCCGUAACCGCCGCGCGUAGCCCGGCAUUCCAGACCGACCGUUACGGCUCUCAGCCACGAGUCAUUGUAAUCCGACUCUUAUCUAAUCUACGCGCGAUAAUCAGUCGCCUCGAGCAAGCUUGUGCACGUAUCUUGGCUCCUUAUAAAAUACUCAGCAAAGCAUUUUAAGCAACUUCAAAUAUUAGAUGUGCUUAUAAAUUUAUAAACGUUCAUAAUUUAAAUAAAUAAACGUUGCUGGACAGUACUUGCUUCUUAAGAGUUGACUUCGAACAAUAAUCAAUUUUGCAAUUGUAACUAUAAAAUUUCUAAGCACUCGCAAUUAAAUAACCAAUUUUUAAGAUUGUAA